GGAGGUGUGCUGUUUGUCGGUGGUCUUUCUGGCUUAGACGUUCAACUUCCAAUAAAACUGGUGGCGAAGAACAGAUUAGCAAUAAUGGGUGUAACUAGAGGAAGUAUCGAGCAGCUGAAGAAUUUGGUCCAUCUUAUCGCUGGAGGACAAAUCGAAGCACCUGAUUAUCGGGUGUAUCCUAUGAAUCAGGCAUCACAGGUACUGAAGCAAUUGUCGAUGUCAGAAGUUGAAGGACGGGCCAUUCUGGAGGUGUGCGAUCCUGAGGCAGCUCUCGAUCCUUCUAAGGCUGCAGCUUGA